AUGCGAUCCUCAAUCCUCUGUUUGGCCUUGGCUGGCCUUAGCACCAUCGCGCAGGCCACACCCGUUAUCAACCACGAUACUCAGAAUGAAGUUCGUGCAGAGACCAGGGGUUUAAUCACACGCGGUCUCACCCAUAUGUUCUUCCCCCGCCAGGUUCCCACGGCCUCCGAGCCUCCUCCAACUAGGAGGCAAGCAACAACUCCUCCUCCCCCUCUCUCAAGCGCUCCCGGCGGCGGCGGCGGCCCUGUGAACAACGCCAACCGAACAGUCACUUUGACGGUAAUUCAAGGCGACACGCUUGGCCAAAUUGCCCGGCUUCUGAACUCAGGCAUUUGCAACAUCGCUAAGCUCAACAACAUCGCCAACCCUGACUUCAUUGAGGUCGGCCAGGUCCUGCAGGUUCCCAUCAACGUUGCGAACCCGGACAACGACUCGUGCCUCAACCGUGGUGGUGGUAUCCCCCCGGCGAACGGGACUCCUCCUGCUCCUCCUGCUCCUGGCGCUGCCCCGCCGGGUGGAAAAAAGAACAAGAAGAGGAAGAGGAGCAUCAACUUUUCAUCGCCGCAUGUCCACCGCGCUCACGCAGUUUGA